UCAGCUUCCUGGUUUGGUUGCACUGCACUGUACCCAUGUGGGUUUGGUGUUGACGUGCUGCUUUAGAAAGUUAAGGAGCUAGCUCUAUCUACAUUUAUCAAUUACUUAUUCGCGUUUCACCAUGUCUUCGCCUUUCUUUAUAAAGGCAAAAGUAAACCCCAAAUUUGCCAAAAAGGGGAAACCUGCAACAGUGCUAAAACGAAAGGGUGAUGGAGACCCAGGAGGAAAGGGAAAACCAAGAGCCAAGAAACUCAUCUCCAAACACAACGAAGAGAUUUCCAGCGACUCUGAGACAGAGAGUCCUAUAGUGGCCAGGAAAAGACAGACCAUUGAAAGGGAUGAUUAUGAUGAAACACCACAGGAGAAGAAGCUUAGAUUAGCCAAACUGUACCUAAACCAGCUAAAGGAAGAAGAGGACGAUAAAGCAGAAGAUGACGCCUUUGAGACUGAUCUGGUUGCUGGAAGACUUCAAGAGGAAGUGCUGGAACAGAAAGGAAAGCUUCAGAGACUUAUUGCCAAAGAUAUCAUGGCACCAGAUGCUUCAGAGAUCAGAGUGUUGAGAGGACACAAACUUCCAAUUACCUGUCUGGUCAUCAGCUCGGAUGACAAGUACAUAUUUUCUGCGGCCAAAGACUGCUCCAUUAUUAAAUGGGAUUUUGAGAGUGGAAAGAAACUGCACACGAUACACGGUGGAAGGAAAGGCACAGAGGAUCGGCAUGUUGGACAUACAGCCCAUAUCCUGUGUAUGGCCAUAUCAUCAGAUGGGAAAUACUUGGCCACUGGAGACGUGAACAAACUGAUCAUGAUCUGGGAGGCAAAUACAUGUAAACAUCUAUAUAAGUUCACCGGACACAAAGGCCCAGUGUCGGGUCUUUCAUUCAGAAGGGGAACUCACGAUCUGUACAGCGCCUCUCACGAUCGCUCAAUAAAGGUGUGGAAUGUGGACGAGAAUGCAUACGUGGAAACUCUCUUUGGGCAUCAGGACGCCAUCACCGGACUGGACUGCCUGAGCCGGGAGUGCUGCGUGACGUCGGGGGGGCGGGACCGCUCGGUCAGGGUGUGGAAGAUACCCGAGGAAUCCCAGCUGGUGUUCCACGGACACGAGGGAUCCAUCGACUGUAUCCAGCUCAUAAACGAGGAGCACAUGGUUUCGGGAGCUGACGACGGCUCUGUGGGUCUGUGGAGUGUCAACAAGAAGAGGCCUCUCAGCACAGUAAAGCAGGCUCACGGUCGCCAUGGUGAAGCGGGGCUGCAGCAGGCUCAUUGGGUCUCUUCGGUGGCGGCGCUUCAGAACUCGGAUACCGUCGCCUCAGGCUCUCACAACUCGGAGGUGAAGCUGUGGAAGUGUGGCCAGAAUUACCGUAAACUGGAGCCUCUGUUCAGUGUACCAGUGUGUGGUUUUGUCAACAGUCUGAAGUUUUCCAGCUCCGGUCAGUUCUUGGUGGCAGGAGUCGGACAGGAGCACAGGUUGGGCCGAUGGUGGAGAUUAAAAGAAGCCAAGAAUGGGAUCUAUAUUAUUCCUCUCAAAAGGAAACCAACUCCAAGUCCAGAGGAAGUUAAGAUAGCUGAAUAGUGGACUGUUAUUUUGUAAAUCAAAGGUUAAAAAGCUGACUGUUUUGUACAUCCUCCUUGA